GUGUUUGCUCCGUUUAUGUAACAUUCCGUUCGCUGCCGUUGCCAUUGGGAAUUGCUGCGGGCAUGAAGGCAUAUCGUUUCCCGGAAGGGUUUAAUUGGGGUACUGCUACUGCGGCUUACCAGAUCGAGGGCGGAAAGGGUGGGCGCGCACCUUGCAUAUGGGAUGCUUUCUGCAAAACUGAAGGACGCGUGGUCAACGGCGAUAACGGCGAUGUGGCCUGUGACCAUUUUACCUUGUACAAGGAAGAUGUGAAAAUAAUGAAGGCACGACGUGGGACUGAAGAACUACAGGCUCUCGAUCGCCAUGCCAAGGGUUUUCCCCGGGGGACAAGGACCGGCAAACGAAGAAGGGAUUGCCUUUUACAACGGGUUAAUCGACUGUCUCCUCGACGCCGGCAUCACCCCGUGUGUCACGCUCUAUCAUUGGGACCUGCCACUCGAGUUGGAAACGGAGCACGGUGGGUGGCAGAACUACAUCACCGUUGAACGUUUUCUGGAGUACGCUGAAGUAUGCUUCGAGCGGUUCGGCGAUCGAGUCAAGAGCUGGUUGACUUUCAACGAGCCAUGGUGUGCCGCGGUGUUGGGCUACGGCAACGGAGAAAUGGCACCAGGGUGCACAUCUUCGGAUGCCGUCAAGGUCUACAGAGCGGGUCACCACAUGCUGCUUGGGCAUGCUCGCGCGGUGGAAAUUUACCGCAAGAAGUUUCAGACCGCUCAGAACGGGGUCAUCGGCAUAACCCUCAACUGCAACUGGACGGAACCCAAGCCUUCCGAUGAUCCAGAAACGGCAAAGCUGAACGCCGAGGCUGCGGAGCGGUCGGUCCUAUGGAACUUGGGGUGGUUUGCAGACCCAGUCUACAAGGGCGACUACCCGGAGGUGAUGAGGAAUCGAUGUGGAGAUCGACUGCCGGAGUUCACCGCAGAAGAGAAAGCGCUCCUCAAGGGAAGCUCCGACUUUUUUGGACUCAACCACUACAGCACGGACUAUGCAGAGGAUGAUUCAGGCCCGGGUCAUUAUGUCUCUCACUGGGGAACGGUAAACACAGGCGGGUUUUGGGGCGACAUGGCCGUCCGUGGCUCUACAGAUCCGUCAUGGGCGAAAACGGACAUGGGCUGGCCAAUUGUACCGUGGGGUUUUCGUAAGCUGCUGCUCUGGAUUCAAGCGCGCUAUAGCCCUGAGGGUGGCAUCCAAGUGACGGAGAAUGGUGCUGCGGUCAACGAACCGACCGUGGACUUGGCAGUGGACGACAAGGCACGGAUCGUAUAUUACGAAGGCUACCUCAAAGAAAUGCAUGCUGCGAUUCAGCUUGGUGCUGACGUUCGUGCGUACUACGCGUGGAGCUUCAUGGACAAUUUCGAGUGGGCCUACGGGUACAGCAAGCGUUUCGGACUCGUCCACGUGGACUACAACACCAUGAAGCGGACACCAAAGAGUUCGCUCAAGUGGUUCUCGAAGGUUCUGUCCACCAACACGCUUGAGGUAGAUGAGUAAUGGAGAUAUUUUUGUACAGUGCAUGUUUCAAUUUGUCUCCAAAGCGUUUCUGGCAGUGCACACGAAAGCACCCAGUUUGCACCUGUAUUUUUUGUCCCAAUUUCAUGCAAUUGUUGCAACGAAGUAUUUGGCUGGACGUUUUUGAGUGCACUCAUCAAGGGUUGGAGUUCGUGGUUGGUGGUGAUGGAGGACACGUUCAUUGUGAUCAUUGGCCUCGGCUUGAGGGAUGGGAGUGCGGGAGACAACUCGUGACUACCGUUUGUGUUUUCUCGGGAGUGUAUGCUCCGAUGGCGGUCAGUUAAAUCAAUUGAAUGAGUAGCACCUGCGUUUUUUUGUCAACCGAAGGCAUGAGCACGCGGUUGUGUAUACCAUGUCUUGGUUUUCGUUCUACUCGGCCAGGGCCCUAUUUUUCGCCCGUGUAUGCAUGCAUGCAGGAAUUGGUCGCCCGUGGGUGUGAAAAUACCAAUACUUGUAGGACCACGAAGUUUACUCGCCCGGGAGGCAACGGCCGAUCUGUGCAUUAAGCACGCCCCUCACAUGGUUCAUUCUGGUAUUUUUUGUGCACCCACAUGGUGAACUAGCCUUGCGCCAAACGUCGGGAAGAUGAAGAAGUUGCUCUGUAGGGGAUGCAACAAACUCGCGUGUGAUUUGCCAUGACAGCAGUCUCUUGUAGAGAGACGCUGCGGGAGAGGCGGAAAUGAUCCAAAAGCCCCCGCGAGUGUCUUAAAUAAAUCGAACGUCAACAGUACAGAACCACAACUUAAUAGAUUUAAUAUGCUCUGGCGCAACCUGCUCUCCCGACCGCAUCUCUAUUGCUAUAUAUAAACCCUUUAGUCGCUGAUUGCCCUACAGAGAUAGAAGCCGCGGGCCCCUCGCGGCUUGAGGCGCCCUCUUCGCGGGGGGUGACUACACGUGUAAGUGCCCACGUUUUCCUCUAAAUCAUCUCCGUAAAUGCAUGUUAUGAUUUUUUUUUUUUCACUUCAAAUCAGCGCUCA